GUUGUUUUUAAUCACUAAAACUACGUGCUUUGCUUUCUUUAGGCGCCAAGACUGUGCACCCUUGCAGUGAAAAAUGAAAUUAGAACAAUGAUUUCUGUUCAGGAUAAAGCAAAAAGUCGAAAAGGCGGCGAAAUAAGCAUGGCAGAGAAGAAAACAAGCAAUGGAGGACGAGGAGAAGUGCUAAUAACAAUCUCGGGUGAUGAAACCCCGAAAGGGUCUGCCUCAAAAGACUCAGAUAGUGUCGCUAGUAAGCAGAGCAGGCCAAGUUCACCUGUUAAAGAAUCAAAUGGUGGUGCGUUCGCAAAAACAGUUUCUAUCAACAACCAUUCUCCAGAGAUUUCAAGUUUGAACCCCACCCCCACUAAACCCCCUAAAAUCCCUGUCUCAAAUGAAAACCUCACUAGAAGAAGGUCUCUAGCAAGGUCAGUGUAUUCAAAACCAAAGUCGAGGUUCGGAGAACAGCCAGUUCUUGUUGAUGCUACUGUAUUGGAAGAGGAUAGUUUAAUUCUUGAAGAACAAAUAUCUAGAAAUUUAUCCUAUAGGAAAUCACUAAGUAGAGGCUCAGCUAAUAACAAGUCUGCUUCUUCUAUUAGGACAAACUCCAUGAAUCCAAAUGGACCUGUAGAUGAUGAGGAUGAGGUGGAGGAUGUUGUCAAAAAAGUUCAAUCUAUUAAAGAGAAGAAUAAGAGAGUAGGUGCCAAGGCUGUGAUACAGUGGAUUACAUUUGUGUGCCUUGCGGGGUGCUUGGUGGCAAGCUUGACAGUUCAGAAACUGGAAAAAACUAUGAUUUGGGGCUUGGAGCCUUGGAAAUGGUGUGUGCUUUUGUUGGUAAUAAUCUCUGGCAUGUUCAUCACUAACUGGUUUAUGCAUUUUAUUGUAUUCGUGAUUGAGAGGAACUUUCUGCUCCGUAAGAAAGUCCUCUAUUUCGUUUAUGGUUUAAAGAAUAGCGUUCAAGUAUUUGUUUGGAUAGGUUUGGUUCUUCUUGCUUGGGCGUUUUUAAUUGAUCACGAGAUUGGGCGUUCUAAGACUGCCACCACGAUUCUAAAAUGUGUAACUUGGACUCUUAUGUCACUUCUUAUCGGAUCAUUUCUGUGGUUGGUGAAAAACUUAUCAUUGAAGAUUUUAGCAUCUAACUUCCAUGUCAACAAAUUCUUUGAUAGAAUUCAAGAAUCAGUCUUUAAUCAGUAUGUUCUGCAAACUCUUUCAGGGCCUCCCCUAAUAGAGGAGGCCGAGAGGGUUGGAAGAUCAACUAGCUCCGGUCAACUGAGCUUCAGGAGUACCAAAAACGGUAAAACAGAGGAGAAAAAGGUGAUUGAUAUAGGAAUGCUUCAUAAGGUGAAGCAAGAAAAGGUUUCAGCUUGGACCAUGAAGGUUUUGGUCGAUGCAGUCACAAGUUCAGGGCUAUCCACACUCUCUAAUACAUUGGAGGAGAGUGUAGGUGGAAGGGACAAGCAAACUACUGACAUGGAAAUUACCAACGAGAUGGAGGCAACUGCUGCUGCGUAUCACAUUUUUAGGAAUGUCGCCAAACCUGGUUGGAAGUACAUUGAUGAGGAUGACCUUUUAAGGUUCAUGAUUAAGGAAGAGGUGGAUCUUGUUUUACCACUGUUUGAAGCAUCUGAGAAUGGGCAAAUUGACAGAAAGUCUCUAACAGACUGGGUGGUUAAGGUUUACAAGGAUCGGAAAGCGCUUGCACAUGCUUUAGGAGAUACCAAAACUGCGGUGAAACAAUUGAACAAACUUGUGACAGGGAUCCUAAUUAUUGUGACCAUUGUUAUUUGGCUUCUUUUGAUUGAGGUUGCAACCACAAAAGUUCUUAUGGUCCUCUUAUCACAGUUUCUAGUGGCAGCCUUUAUGGCUAAGAAUACCUGCAAGACCGUAUUCGAAGCUCUAAUGUUUGUUUUUGUGAUGCAUCCAUUUGAUGUUGGUGAUCGUUGUGUCGUUGAUGGUGUGGCGUUGUUGGUUGAGGAAAUGAACAUCUUAACGACAGUUUUCUUGAAGCUUGAUAAUGAAAAGAUAUACUAUCCAAAUUCUGUUUUGGCUAAUAAGCCAAUCAGCAAUUAUUACAGAAGCCCUGACAUGGGUGAUGCUGUGGAGUUCUCAAUUGAUUUUGCAACUCCAUCAGAGAAGAUUGGACUGCUAAAAGAUAAAAUUAAGCAGUACUUGGAGAACACUCCCCAAUACUGGUAUCCUGGUCACGGUUUUGUGGUGAAGGAAAUUGAGAAUGUGAACAGAUUGAAACUUGCUCUUUAUUGUAAUCACAAAAUGAACUUCCAAGAAUUUGGAGAGAAGAACAAGCGAAGGACUGAACUGAUCCUUGAGAUAAAGAAGAUGUUCGAAGAGUUAGAUAUAAAGUAUCAUCUUCCACCCCAACCGGUUCAUCUCCGCCAUAUAGGAUCAGAUGCAACAGUUAUAACCAAAAUAUGAUUGUCGCUUGGAGCUCGUGGGUAAUCUGCAAGUAUGUUCCUGUUCUUUCCCCAGUUAGCAUUCUCAUCUUAAACUACACUUGUACAUUUUCAAGAGGUGACUACAAUGUUAAAUUUGGCCGGAUCUGUGAAGUGUCUGCAAAAUAAGAUAAUUUUUUGUGUUUGAAGAAGAGUGCCUCCUAACGAAGAAAUAAAUUAUCUAGCUGGCCUUGGGCCCAAGAAGGAGCUUGUUGAGCUUUGAUGAAUUCCUGCAACUCUCAUAUAACAGAAACUGUAAAGAUGACUCUUAUGUUUAAAGUUAUUUACAUAAGAAUUCUGAGUGUUUCUCUCACCUAA